AUGUCACAUCGUGGAACAAAAGUGGACAAUAUUCCCGAUCUGAGUACAUGUAUGCAGGGUGUCAUGGAAAGACCCUGUAUAUAUGCACUCAGAUCGGAAACUUUGUUCACGAUGUCACAUCGUGGAACAAAAGUGGACAAUAUUCCCGAUCUGAGUACAUGUAUGCAGGGUGUCAUGGAAAGACCCUGUAUAUAUGCACUCAGAUCGGAAACUUUGUUCACGAUGUCACAGUGCGGAACAAAUGUGAGAGCAAACCGAACAUUUUAA